CAGGAAGCAGCUCAUGCUAAUUUCUUAGCUUCAGAGAAAAAAUACCCUUCAGCCUUUCAUCUAAAAAGGGGAAGAAGUUGCUACAUGGGAACCUAUUAGACCACCAAUUCUCCUGUCUGCUGAAUCAGAGAGAGAGGGAGAGGGAGAGCGAGAGAGAGAGAGAGAGAGAGAGAGAGAGAGAGCGAGUGUACAAUGGGGGACACACAAGGACUUCAUCCCACCUCAGUGCUGGAAGCUAAACGCAUGGCAUAUCGGAAAGUGCGGGCCAGCCGCGGCAGCUCUGUGAGCUCACGGGAUCCAGAGAGCGAGGAGUUUCAGGCUGCCUCUCUGGAUCUGGAGUGGGAGAUGGAAAAAGAGCUGGAGGAGCCUGGCCUAGACCACUUCCAGCUGAAGUGUAUGGAGCAGCAGGCCGUAGACAACUCUUCUGGUGGGGCCAUGGAUCCUGACCUGGAGCAAAUCCAGCCCUCUGUGUCCCCCCAUGGCCGGUUUGAACGUCUACAGGAGGACCCAAACUACAAUUCUCCUACCAGCAGGAACGUGCCCAAGGGGCAGAAGAGGAGCAGGACCUGCAUGGCCAAAUACGUGCUAACUGGUGCAGCAGUGUUCUUCUUGGGACUGCUCAUUGGCCUGUACUUCCACACCACAAAGAAGCAGCUAGCCAGACCUAGCAAAAGCACAGACCUGCUGGAAAGGAUCAUGCAGAACAUCACUGCAGAGAAGAUCCGGGCACUACAAAGGGAUUUUAAUGCCUUAGCCGAUGUCGGUGAGGAGGACCGGACAAAGCACCUUGCCCAGCAGUGGGAGGACCUUGGUCUGAAGAAUGUCCAGCGGUCCAGUUACAAUGUCCUCCUCAGUCACCCUGGCUCCUUCCCCAAUACAGUGGUUGAUGUGACCAGUAACCACUGUUACCUGCCUAAUGGAGCCAGUUGUGAAAAUUGGAGCAAUGCAUCAUCUUCUGAGGAGCACUUUGCCUUUGCAGCCUACUCAGCCACAGGGACACUAGAGGCAGAAGUGGUGGAUGUACAGUACGGAAGUUCUGAAGAUUUGAGACGGGUCAGAGCUCAGAUGAAUGUGACCAAUAAAAUAGCACUGCUGAAGCUUGGACAUGCACCUUUACUGUACACGCUUUCUCUCCUGGCUGAGUUGGACUUUGGAGCUUGUCUUCUCUAUGUGGACCCCUGUGAUGUCCCCACGGAGCAGAAUGCAUGGCAGAAAGCCUUUGGGGUGACAUUAAACCCAGGAGGAGACCCUUCCACCCCAGACUACCCAAGCACGGCUGGCAGUUUCAGAGAGGACCGCCACAAUUUGACAUCUCUGCUGAUUCAGCCAAUCUCUGCCCACCUGGCCAAAGUGCUGCUAUCCACUCCUAUCCUGGGCUAUGACCAACCCUGCAUCCCUCUGGCCAUGCCUUCGUCUGCCUCAGGACAAAAGACUAUAAAGUUGACGGUUGGAUCUCAAACAUCCUACGCAAAAGUGUAUAAUGUCAUUGGGUACCUGAAAGGGAAGAUUAAUCCAGAUCGAUAUGUGCUGGUUGGAAGCCAUCACAGCAACUGGUACGAGGGCGCUAUGGCAGACUGGAGUGGCGGCACUGCGGUCAUGACUCAAAUCAUCGCCUCCUUGGCAGCUCAAACACGUGCGGGUUGGCAGCCCGACCGCACCACAAUCUUCUGUUCAUGGGGAGGAUCAGCACUCGGCAACAUCGGCUCCUAUGAAUGGGGGGAGGAGAACAGAGUAGUUCUGGAGAGCAGGGCAGUGGCCUAUGUCAGCCUUCAUAGUCCAGUAAGAGUACUAGGACCACAGACCACAGCAUCACCCUCUCUACUGCAACUGGCCUCUGACAUCCGGAAGAAACACAUAAAGAAUUGCAUUCAAGCUGGAGGCUGCCCUGGCCUAAAUGUCAGCUCCCUGCAGUCUCCUGUGGUCAUGGAUUUCUUCACCAAUCAGCUUGCUGUUCCAGUAGUAGAGUUUGCAUCCUCAGCCAAUCCAGCAGAGAGAGUCCGCUUCAUCUCUGAGGCUUUCCACCCCCCCUCUGAGUCAUUGUUAACAGAAACCUUGGAUCCCGGCUUCAGGCUCCACGAGACAGUUGCUAAGAUGACAGCAGAGGCCAUCCUGCGUCUCAGCACAGAUCCGGUCCUUCCAUUCAGCACAUUGGACAUUGCGCUGGACAUUCAGAAUAAGCUCAAAGAUGACCCAUUGAGAAGACCUGAUCUUCUGGCCACUGCAGCCUCAUUUAGGACCAAUUCUAGCCUCUUCCAGUCAGAGUUUAUGCGCCCUGCCAAUGACCCCAAAGAGCGUGACCCUUCUCACAUGCGCAUGCUGAACGAUGUGCUGAGAGACUUGGAGAAAAGCUUUCUUAUUCAAAGCCCACCUCCAGGCUUUUCACGGAACAUUCUCUUUGGGCUGAACAGACACACUUCUGGAUUUGCCAUCUUGAAGGCUGCCCAGGAAGAUGUGAAUCAGUCGUUAUCCCAGGUGUCUACCUCCAUAAGCUCGGCUGAAAUGCUCAUCUGCAGUGGACUUGAACUCUUUGAGAAUGAUGGCUCUCAAUGAAACAGACACAUCUCACCAAAGCACUGUACACCAACCCCAAACUCUUCAGGCCAAAACAUCACAGUUCAAGUCUUUUUUUUUUCUUAACUUGAUAAUAGAGUGCAUAAAGCGUGAUCAAUCUACAGACCUGUCAAGCUUUGAGAAAUACUGGACGGACUCAGGAACACGAGGUAUUGGACGUUCCAAGGUACAACGUGUCUUGGGUAUUGUAGGUCAUUUUCCUGCGUUCAAACACGUAAGAUUAAUGGCAGAGAUGGUAGAAAGUUAAACUGUAUAACCUGCAAAGAAGGAGGACGCUGUCCUCGAGGGCAGGAGGACUUACAGAGGCACCAGCACAAACUGUGAGAAUGAUGUAGACUAGUUUAGUGUUCCUUUUAGUGUCUUAAGUGAAUCAGCCUCAAGAAAUUUGAUGUUCAGUACUUUUCUAAAUGUCCUAGUGUGAAGUGUGAUUAACCUUCUUCAAGGUUUGAUGUAAAGGUUCUGUACAAAUUUAAAGCUUUUUUAGAACCUGACAUCCAAUCUGGGAACCAUUUAGGAACCUUUACUUUUUAGGAUUGUACAGUACUGUGCAAUAGUCAGUGACCUCUCUUUGAUUGUUUAAAAUACAAGUCAUAUCGGUCAUUAAGUACAAGUUAUUCAUUUUUAGCAUCAGGAAAAAAACAUAAAAUAUAUUUAAAAUUACACAGAAGCCUCAAAAAAGAAAUAUGAUAUCUAAUUUUCAGUGCUUUGUGUGUCCACCCGUCAACUUUAUUACAACUUCCAUUCUUUUCAAGAGACUUUCUUCCAGUUUUACAAAGAAAUCUGCAGGGAUGUUUAGUUCACUUUAGUCUUAGAAGUUGGUUGCUCACAAUUCUAGUAAUCCCAAACUCGUUCAGUGAAGCUGAGGACUAGAAUCUGUCCAGUUUUAAUGAUCUAACCGCCCCCCCCAACCCCCUUGACUUUCUUCUUCCUUGUGCAUGUGGAUUAUAUCUAAUCCCUUCAGAAAUAUCUCCUGAAAAAUGAAUAACUUAAUAGCUGUUUUGACUGGAAAUGAAAUGAAGGAUGGUCUCUGACUUCUGCACAGUGCAGUGUUCUAUAAGAUCGUUUGUCUGUUCAGGCUGACUGAGAAUUUGAACUCAGGAAAGGUUAACGAAGAAUUCAUAUGCAUUUUCAGCAUAGCGAGAAGCACAGCGGACAUGCAGACAUGACAAAUAACGUAAAUAAGCAGUCGGGGGAUACACAGCUUUGAACAGAAUGCUCUGGCUCAGCAUCUUUAUUCUUGCUGUGCCUUACAAUCAGUCAUGGUGGAGCAUGGCUUCAUAACACACACAAGAUUGAUGACUGCCUGAGCUUAAAAAAAUACUGUAUAGUUCUGGCUGACUUGAAAGAAAAUACCAACACUGUGCCAGUUUCCCAAGAGGAUUAUUUCAUAGACUGGAGGGAAGAGAAAUGGUGAAAAAAUCAGAGGGGUUAAACAUCAUCUCUUCUGCCUUUUGAUGGAUCGAAUUACAGAUUCUGUGUUGAUCUCGAAAAAGUGAUAUUUUUUCCUUUUUGAUACUUGUGCUCUGAGGAAGCAGCCUGGGCUCGAGCUGGUGUUUGAAAGAAGCCGUGUAUGUGCAGAUAAUACACAAUCAUCAGAUGUUUUAUUCAAAGUAUUUGCUGCUUGACAAUUGAGUUAGUCCUAUUACAAACAACAUGAUGGUUACUAAGAAGUUAUUUGUGUGUUGGUUUGCACAUUAAAGAGAACUGUGUGAGUUGGGGUUGGUUUUCUGCAA